AAAAUAACAUGCAAAACAGGCUAGAAAAAAAGAGGAGUUUAUAACAGAACCUGAAUUACUGGUUGUUACUGACGGACACUUGAUCAUCAAAUCAACUUCUCACACGUAUCUACAGGGACAUCGAGCACCAGAAAAAUAGAGAUUACAUUUAUUUAAAAACACCAGGGGUACCAUGGUUCAAACAUUGAACAAUAUGGAGGAGCUUAGAAAUUCUUUGUUUGGUCGUCCCUCCCCAGGCACGGACUCAAGCUCCUUUUCUGGUUCGCCAACGAUUACAUCGUCUUCAAAAAUGACAACCAGAUGGUUGCAAAUUACGACCCCAAAGAGGGAGACUUUGGUUUCCAUCGCUUCAAGAACAGACUUGAUUGUGAAAACAACGUAUGCAAGAGGCUGCUUCCUUAUGGUGGCCCAUUCUAUGAGGUGGGCAACCUCCACCUCACAGCAUCUGAUUCCAUGCCUGAGUACGUCAGUGAGGACAACACUGGUGACAUAGAUACCAGCAACAUGGACCGCCUCAUCAUCAGUAUGCGUUCAGACAGGAUAGUAGAUAAGGUCUAUGUGACCCAACACGAAGACCUGAGGAACUUCAACCCGGUCAACACCUAUCGCAUCAGCAGGGGGUUGCUCAUGAUCAUAUGUGGCCAUCCAUUGAGUAACUUCCUGGAACAGGCGGGCUAUUCCGCCCAUGAGCAAAAUGUAAUUAUUGAUCAGGGCAUCGCCCCCAGGAGUCUGGGGAUACCAGGAUUGAUAUGGACGGUGGAUCCAGAGCUCCACCCAGAGCUGCACCCAGAGCUCCACCCAGAGCUGCACCAGGCUUCUGGGAAAGCUACUGUACCAUACUGUAACCAGGCUUCUGGGAAAGCUACUGUACCAUACUGUAACCAGGCUUCUGGGAAAGCUACUGUACCAUACUGUAACCAGGCUUCUGGGAAAGCUACUGUACCAUACUGUAACCAGGCUUCUGGGAAAGCUACUAUGGAACAGCACUCCUGA